AUGAGCAACAUCUACAUCCAGGAGCCUCCCACGAACGGGAAGGUUUUAUUGAAAACUACAGCUGGAGAUAUUGACAUAGAGUUAUGGUCAAAAGAAGCUCCUAAAGCUUGUAGAAAUUUUAUUCAGCUUUGUUUGGAAGGGUAUUAUGACAACACUAUUUUUCAUAGAGUUGUACCUGGUUUUAUAGUCCAAGGAGGAGAUCCUACUGGAACAGGAGCUGGUGGAGAUUCUAUCUAUGGGGCCCCAUUCAAAGAUGAAUUUCACUCAAGGUUACGUUUUAAUAGAAGGGGACUGGUUGCCAUGGCAAAUGCUGGUCCUCAUGAUAAUGGCAGCCAGUUUUUCUUUACACUGGGUCGAGCAGAUGAGCUUAACAAUAAGCACACCAUCUUUGGGAAGGUGACAGGGGAUACGGUAUAUAACAUGUUGCGGUUGACAGAAGUAGAGAUUGAUGAUGAAGAAAGACCACGCAAUCCACACAAAAUAAAAAGUUGUGAGGUUUUGUUUAAUCCUUUUGAUGACAUCAUUCCAAGGGAAAUUAAAAAGCCGAAAAAAGAGAAACCAGAGGAAGAAGUAAAGAAGUUAAAACCCAAAGGCACAAAAAAUUUUAGUUUACUUUCAUUUGGAGAGGAAGCUGAGGAAGAAGAGGAGGAAGUAAAGCGAGUUAGUCAGAGCAUGAAGGGAAAAAGCAAAAGUAGUCAUGACUUGCUUAAGGAUGAUCCACAUCUCAGUUCUGUCCCAGCUGUUGAAAGUGAAAAAGAUGCAGCAGGAGAGUCAGAUAAUGAUGGAGAAGAUGAAAGUGUAGAGCAUGAUGCAGAUAUUGAUGGUGAUGAGAAGAACCUGAUGCGAGAAAGAAUUGCAAAAAAGUUAAAAAAGGACACAAGUGCAAAUGUUAAAUCAGCUGGCGAGGGAGAACUGGGGAAGAAAUCAGUGAGCCGCAGUGAAGAGCUCCGGAAAGAAGCAAGACAAUUAAAAAGAGAACUCUUAGCAGCAAAACAAAAAAAGGUAGAAAAUGCAGCAAAACAAGCAGAAAAAAGAAGUGAAGAGGAUGAAGCUGCUCCAGAUGGUGCUGUUGCAGAAUACAGAAGAGAAAAACAAAAAUAUGAAGCUUUGAGGAAACAGCAGGCAAAAAAAGGAACUUCCCGGGAAGAACAGACCCUUGCACUGCUGAAUCAGUUUAAGUCUAAACUCACGCAAGCAAUUGCUGAAACUCCUGAAAAUGACAUUUCUGAAACAGAAGUAGAAGAUGAUGAAGGAUGGAUGUCACAUGUGCUUCAGUUUGAGGAUAAAAGCAGAAAAGUGAAAGAUGCAAGCAUGCAGGACUCAGACACGUUUGAAAUCUAUGAUCCUCGGAAUCCAGUGAAUAAAAGAAGACGAGAAGAAAGCAAAAAGCUCAUGAGAGAGAAAAAAGAAAGAAGAUGA